AUGCUAUCCUCAAUUAUAAUAAGCUUCCUUCUCCUUGCACUCCCAGUCUUAUCCGUUCCGUCAUACCAAAAUUCUACGCAGACCAUCGAAGAUGACCAUUUCGACUAUAUUGUUGUCGGCUCUGGUCCCGGAGGAGGACCUUUGGCAGUAAAUUUGGCCCAAGCAGGGUGGUCUGUACUUCUUCUGGAGGCAGGUGGAAACUACACUGGGAACAAUAGCCAACUGAUUCCUGCUUUCAUCGGGGAGGCCCAAUGGGAUCCAGCUCAAUCUUGGGAGUUUUAUGUGAAAGACUACAGCAAUGAAACCCAAGCCGCUCGAAACGACAAGAUGGUUUGGAAAAAGCCAGACGGCAGCUACUGGGUUGGACGAGAUCCUCCGGAGGGAUCAAGUCCUCUUGGAGUUUGGUAUCCUCGGGCUGGGACGCUAGGAGGCUGUGACACACAUAAUGGUGGGCUUACUGUUAGGCCUUCGGACUGGGACUGGGACAAUAUUGCGAAUCUCACUGGCGAUUCGAGUUGGACUCACGAUCACAUGCUUGGGUAUUUCGAAAGGCUAGAGCGCAAUCUCUUUUUGCCACCUUCAACACCUGGCCAUGGAUUUUCUGGAUACCAGCCCGUUGGCCGUGGAGACAAGUCACUAUUCGAGAGUGAGCCACAAAUACUUGCAGUAGCUCAAGGUUCUGUUGCUGCCUUGGGACUCACAGCCAGAGCCGCUUCGCAAGACUUCGACGUCAUCGCCCAAAAAGAUAUCAACGAGAUAUCUCCAGAUCGCGAUUUGCAGAAUGAUGUGUAUCAAAUAAGCUUCAAGAAAGACGAGCGCGGCCGUCGAUUUUCUUCGGGUUCCAGGGUGAACGAGGGUGUUUCGAAAGGCCUACCACUGACUGUCCGAUUUAAUAGUCUCGUUACCAAAGUGUUAAUUGAUGAUGCAUUAACGGCAACGGGAGUAGAAUAUCUGGAAGGAGAGAGCAUUUAUUUGGCUGACCCUCGGGCUACGAGAAAUAAUACAGGAGUGCGUCGAACUGCAACGGCCAAGCGCGAAGUUAUUGUUUCUGCGGGCGCUUUCAAUACCCCUCAAAUCCUAUUACUCAGUGGCAUUGGCCCAGCUACCGAACUGAAUAAGCACAACAUCCCCGUGGUGGUGGACUUGCCAGGUGUUGGUCGAAGUCUCCAGGACCAUUACGAAGUUCCCGUUAUCCAGGAGUUCCCAAAUAAUUUUACUUUCUGGGACGACUGCUAUGUCCCUGAGGGCCAGGUGAACCCAUGCUAUGAGAGGUGGGAAAAGAAUGGAACCGGCCCCUGGUCAACCCUUGGCUUCUUCAACUUCGUCUUGAAAACAAGCUCGGUGACUCCUCGCGUAGGCGAACGAGAUUUAAUCUUGUAUGGCGCAACCGAAGGUAUAUUAGGCCAUUUACCACCAUACACUAAUUGGACUGGUGUCCUAAGUGCUAAAGAUGUGUAUACUUACACUAUAUCGGAAUCACACUCGCGAAACCGCGCCGGCACCGUCACACUCCGCAGUUCUGAUCCGAGGGACGUUCCAGAGAUCAACUUUGAAUAUUUUACUGAUGGCGGAGACAAAGAUAUACAAGGUCUGGUCGAUGGUAUUGAGUUUACACGCAAGAUCUUCAAGUCGAUCCCGGGUCUCGACGGCUUAACUAGGGAGGUGUAUCCUGGGGAUGAUGUAAAAACCCAGGACCAGCUCAAGCAAUAUGUCCGUGAUCAGGCAUAUGGGCACCAUGCUUCGAGCACGGCUGCUAUCGGCGGUGAUGACGAUCCCCUAGCUGUCCUAGAUUCUAACUUCCGUGUGAGGGGUGUGAAGGGCUUGAGGGUAGUAGAUGCCUCGGCCUUUCCGGAGACUCCGGGAACAUUUCCACUGAUUUCCCUUUUCAUGGCAAGCGAAAAGGCUAGUGAUGCUAUCCUAGAAGAUGCUGCUUCUUCAGACGCUUAA